AGCUGGGUAUUCCUUUUUUUUAGUUCGUAAUCCAUAAUGUCCAAAUGGGAAGAUUUUAGACGGUGCCAAAAAAUUUCCUUGACAAUAAAAAAAAUGCUCCCGACUUCAGCACUUCACCAGGGAUACGGUGGAGAUCGAGCACAGAAGGAGCGUGUGGCCAUGGCGUUUUCCUCUCCUCUUCAGAUGGUGCUGGUUCUAAUCCUUGCCUUCUGCUCUACUUGGGGCUCUCUCGCCUACGAGCGUCCGAAGCCCAGAGAAACCCUCUCCGUCCCCCUCGCCGACGACGCCGAUGGACUCACUCCCCAACAAGUACAUGUAUCUAUUGUGGGGUCCGAGAAGAUAAGAGUGACAUGGAUCACUGAAGACGAUACCGAAUCCAAGGUGGAAUAUGGCACAUCCUCGGGGCAGCAUCCCUUCUCCGCCGCUGGCUCCUCUUCCACCUACUCCUUCCUCCUCUACCGCUCCGGCCAUAUCCAUGACGUCGUCAUUGGCCCCCUAAAUCCCAACACCGUCUACUACUACCGCUGCAGCUCCAAUCCCACUCGCGAGUUCUCCUUGAAGACUCCCCCUGCUAAUCUCCCCAUCAAUUUUGCCGUCAUUGGUGAUUUGGGUCAGACGGGGUGGACUGAAUCGACUCUCCGGCACCUGAGUGGAUGGAGUCAUGACAUGCUGCUCCUCCCCGGCGAUCUCUCCUAUGCCGACUACAUCCAACAAUCGUGGGACUCAUUUGGCCGGCUGGUGGAGCCACUGGCAAGCUCUCGUCCGUGGAUGGUGACCCAAGGCAACCAUGAAAUCGAGAAGUUCCCCUUCAUCAGAUCCUUCAAGGCCUACAAUGCUCGGUGGCGCAUGCCCUACGAUGUCAGCUCCUCCGACUCUAACCUCUACUACUCCUUCGACGUCGCCGGCGGCGCGGUCCAUGUCCUCAUGCUUGGCUCCUAUGCCGACUUUGGACCCGGCUCAUCCCAAUACAACUGGCUCCAAUCCGACCUGGGUAAAAUAGACCGGGCUCGGACUCCAUGGGUGGUGGCAUUGAUCCAUGCCCCGUGGUAUAACUCGAACGAGGAUCACCAAGGGGAAGGGGAGAAGAUGAGGCAGGCCAUGGAGGAGUUUCUGCAUGGGGCCCGAGUCGACAUCGUGUUCGCUGGGCACGUGCACGCCUACGAGCGAUUCACACGUGUGUAUGAUAAGAAGAAGGAUGACUGCGCGCCGGUGCAUAUAACUAUCGGGGAUGGCGGCAACAAGGAGGGGUUGGCCAAGGAUUACAUCGACCCCCAGCCCGAUAUAUCGUUGUUUAGAGAGGCAAGCUUUGGGCACGGGCGCUUGGAGGUGAGGAACGGGACCCAUGCACUGUGGACGUGGCACCGCAACGAUGAUGACGAGGCGGUCGUCGCCGACCAGGUCUGGUUGACCAGUCUCGCUUCCAACCCAGCUUGUAAAACCAAGAACUGAAAGAUGGCUCAGUACAAUGUGAUGGCAAGCUGUCAUACGUUACAUAUAUAUAUAUUUGUAUUGGACAUUUAAAUAAAUAUUUAUCUAUUUUAGCAUAGUAUUGCCCAAGUUGA